ACCUGCCAUUGAUUCCCAUUUUGAAAUUUCUUUGCUUCUGAGUUUAUACAACUGUUCUUCUGUGUGGGUCCACUCUUCGUCAUUCUUCCAUUUUCUUCUCCCAAUUCUCUCUCUCUCUCUACAAAUUCAACAAAAAUUCACCAGUGAAUUCAGAUAUUAUUGCUCAGGAUCGACCUACAGUGACAGAGAUUGAGGUCGCUAUCUCAUCAUUCCGUGCUAGUUUGGGGCUUUCGUUUCCUUCUUCCAGGAUCCUUGAUCCUAGAAGAGAUAUUUGUGAUGAUGAUUAUCUGGUGAAGGGGAAGAAAUAGAGGAGAUGACUUAUGAUAGUUUAGUUUCUCCACCAGCAUCAUCAAUCAGUCCAGCUAUGUCUCUGGCGAAAACUGAUAGCACGCUUUCAUUUUACAAUGAGUAUCUUGUUGCUGAUCCAAAUGAAAGGUCCCUCAGAGAAGAAACAAGAUUUGAUUCUUUUAGUUUACAGCAGCCGUAUCUAGGAAACGGAGGUAUCGAUUCUCAUAUUUGGUUUCCCCCUGAACCGGAAGACAAAGAGGAUGAUAUCGAGGGUAGUGUUGCUAACUAUGAUGAUGAUGAUGACGAUGAUGCGUAUGGUGAUGGCAUGAAAUGGGGGAAGCCAAGUAAUCUUAGCAGUUUUGGACAAGAAGGGAGUGGGAGUUUUAGGUUUAGAGAGGAAACGAGAAAAGCUUUGAAUGAAGUUAUGAAUGGAAAAUUUAAGGCACUUGUGGAGCAUCUUCUUAAAUCUAUGGGUAUUUGUUGUUCUGGAAACGAUGGUGAUAAUUGGGUCGAUAUAGUUACUGCUUUAUCAUGGGAAGCUGCCUCAUUUUUGAAGCCUGAUGCAUUUGAAGAAAAAACAAUGGAUCCUGAUGGAUAUGUAAAGGUCAAAUGUAUUGCAACCGGUACUCGAAGUCAAAGUGAAGUUUUCAAAGGUUUAGUCUUCAAAAAGCAUGCAGCUCACAAGCAUAUGCCAACAAAGUGUAAAAAGCCCAAGUUGCUAUUGAUUAAGGGUGCACUUAGUGUGUCUUCUGAUGGAUUGGCAUCGUUCGAAUCAAUGAAACAGGAGGCUGAUAGAGUGAAUAAUCUUAUCGGGAUGAUAGAGAAGUUGAAUCCAAAUGUUGUUUUAGUGGAGAAAACGGUUUCCCGUGAUAUUCAAGAGUCUAUUUAUUCAAAAGGGAUGACACUUGUCUUGGAAAUGAAACAACACCGCUUGGAGAGAGUUGCUCGUUGUACCGGCUCACCAAUCUUGUCAUCUGAUAAUAUGAAUGACCAAAAGCUGAGGCAGUGUGAAUCCUUUUAUUUUGAAAAGAUUGUAGAAGAACAUGCUGAUCUUUCUGAAACUGGCAAAAAGCCAAAGAAGACCUUAAUGUUUCUUGAGGGCUGUCCCUCACGAAUGGGUUUUACGAUUUUGCUGAAGGGAUGUCACAGUGAUGAACUUAAAAAAGUUAAAUGUGUGGUUCAGUUUGCUGUUAUCAUGGCAUACCAUUUGAUCCUCGAGAGUUCAUUCAUUCUUAAUCAACGAGCAAUGUUCUCCACAACUGCCGCCGAUGGAAUGACUAUAUAUUCAAACAACGACGAAGGAACAAUUUCAUCUGUUAGCACUCAACCUCUAUAUACAAAUCUUGAUGAUACAAACGUUCCAAUAGUCAACGAGUCCAGUCCCGAAACUGCUUCAGUCAACACCAUUGAUAUUCCCAUCUCUAGCCAUUUUGAUGAAAACGGGUCUGACAAUUUGGGUCUAGAAGGGUCUACUAUAUCAUCAUAUGAAGAAUAUGACCCGAUAGUCCUCUCGGGACUAUCUUCACUCUCUGCCUCUUUGCAUAAAGUUGUCGGGAUCCCUCUUUUCGAUACUGUGAACACACAUAAUCAUAGCGAAGCCAACGGUCAGGAUUUGAGCGCUGCUGAAACUGUUGAGUCUGCUGAUGCUGAAGUGAAAGUUGUUCCUGAAGAAAAAAAAUUAGAAAAUUGCGAAGAUGGUAAAAAAAGUAAGGAUGACAUUAGGGCAGUGUUGGAUUCAGAAAGUAUAUUGGUUUUAAUGUCUAGAAGGAAUUGGUCAAGAGGGACUACUUGUAAGCAAAGUUCUUUUUCGUGUAUCAAGUUUUACAGAAAUUUUGAUGUUCCCCUUGGAAAGUUUUUGCGGGAUAAUUUGCUCAAUCAGAAGCUUUCAUGUGGAACUUGUAAUGAACUACCAGAAGCUCAUCUUCACUACUAUGCACAUCACGACAAGCAACUAACGAUUCAAGUAAAACGUCUUCCUUUAGAUAAGCAUUUGGCUGGUGAAAAUGAAGGGAAGCUUUGGAUGUGGAGUUGUUGUGGUCAAUGUAAACCCCUCAAUGGAAGUUUAAUGUCAACCAAAAGAGUCUUGGUUUCCAUUGCUGCUCGUGGUUUAUCCUUUGGAAAGUUUCUAGAACUUGGAUUCUCAAACCACUCUUCUUCGGAGAUACCAUCUACUUGCGGACAUUCCUAUUAUAAAGACUACCUUCACUUCUUUGGAUUGGGCUCCAUGGUUGCAAUGUUUAGAUACUCUACAGUAGCUACCUACUCUAUAUCUCUACCACUUUGGAAGGUGGAGUUUAGCAAUUCAAUGGAAGGAGAUUAUCUUAAAGAAGAAGUUGAGGAUGUGUCUCAACAAGGGCAUUCAUUGUUUACUGAGGUUGAGAACUCUUUGAAGAAGAUGGAGAAUGAGUCUUCUGGAUCAAUGCUGUUCUCUGACAUCAAUGAGAUGUUGAAACAAGAGCGAGAUCAAUUUCAGGCUGACAUGAAAAACCUCACUGCAAGCUCUAGCAGUGAUGUUUCGGUGAAUAAAUGGUUACAAAAGCCUCUCUACUUGAAUCAUAUACGAUGGGAGCUUUUCCUUCGUUCAUACAUCUGGGACGAGCGACUUUAUUCAAUUCUUUCAUCUGAUCAUAGUAUAAUCGGCCCUCAAACCACUGAUGAAUCAGGGAAAACACAGUCAUCUUUUGAGGAAAAAGACAGUAGUGACGUUAAUAUAGAUAUUGAAGCAGUUUCUGAUGAUCCUUCUUUUCUGAAAACGGAUACAACAGAAGAAAGUAAUACCAUACCAAGUGAAGUGACUACAGCUGAAAUUGAUAUCGAAAUCGAAUCAUCAAACUCCGUGCAAGAAAAUGACGUCCAAGAAAACAGUCAACUUUCCUCCACUUCAACACAACUAGCAGAUCCUAAAGGGUGGAUGUGGACAUCAUUUUCACAAAUACAAAACAUUCAUUUAAAUGAGUAUCAAAAAGGAUACUUGCCAAAGUACGAACCUGCUAACAGCUAUGCAUCAGGAUCCACCAUAUACAAAAUUCUAACGGAGCAGGGUUCAAAGAUUCAUUUUCCAUUAGCUACUAGCAAUCAUAUAGUAUCAGUUUAUGAAGAUGAAUUAUCUAGUAUGAUUGCAUGUGCGUUAGCUUAUCUAAAAGAUGGGAAGAUUUCAUCAGAAGAUAAUAUCCACGAUGAUACUAAAUCAUUUGAAAAUGCGCACAAAUUGUCAUCUUUGAGUUCUCCAAAUUGGUCAUCUUUCACGUCCACAAAUUCUGAUAGUUCUUCACUUGGAUCUUCUUCAGACGAAUCGAGGUUUUCUAGCGAAUCAAGGUUUUCUAGCUUCGAUGGGUUGGAAAUUUUGGAUUCUGUUGCUAAUUCAAGGUAUAUUCAUCCAGUGGUUUCCAUGGGAAGAUAUGAUAAAAAAGCUAAAUAUUCAGUGGCUUGUUUAUUUGCUAAAGAUUUUUCAGAUCUUCGUGGUCAAUGUGGUUUGACUGAACUGGAUUAUAUAUCUUCACUAAGUCGUUGUAAACAUUGGGAUGCGAAAGGUGGAAAAAGUAAAUCUUUUUUUGCUAAAACUCUUGAUGACCGGUUCAUCAUUAAGGAAAUUAAAAAUACCGAGUUUUGUUCGUUUCUCGGAUUUGCUUCCGAAUAUUUUGGGUAUAUGACCCAGUGCUUCAAACAAGGAAACCAAACAUGCCUUGCAAAAAUUCUUGGGAUUUAUCAGGUAAAGAAAAUAAAGAGUGGGGUAAAACAUGAUCUAAUGGUGAUGGAGAACAUUACUUAUUGCAGAAAAAUUACAAGACAGUAUGAUCUUAAAGGAGCUUUGUAUGCUCGUUAUAAUGCUGCUGCUGAUGGCGGAGGAGAUGUUCUUUUGGACCAAAAUUUUGUAAACGACAUGAAUGUUUCUCCUUUAUAUGUUAAUACAAAAGCAAAGAGGAAUUUGCAGCGGGCUGUAUGGAACGAUACUGCCUUCCUCUACUCGAUCAAUGUGAUGGAUUAUUCAUUGUUGGUUGGAGUGGACGUGGAACAAAAGGAGCUCGUAUGCGGCAUAAUCGAUUACGUGAGACAAUAUACUUGGGAUAAACAACUGGAAAACUGGGUCAAGUCCUUUGUUGUUCCUAAAAACCAGUUGCCAACUAUAAUCUCACCAAAAGAGUACAAAAAAAGAUUCAGAAAGUUCAUUGACACCCAUUUGUUUGCUGUUCCUGAUGAUUGGUGCUCUCAGCGAUCAUCUAACCGUUGCAGCCUCUGUGGCGUGGGUUCACAUUCAAAAUCUCAAGAUCAUGAGGAAAUGUCUUAACUCGUUAUAUAAUUUUGGAUUUAUAUAUACAUAAUUUGGCCCCCAUCUAUUAUGCAGUUUUUAGCAAAAUCCUGGGGAUAUAUAGUUCCAGACUUGUAGGCAUACAGAUGAUGCAUAUAUUGUACAAAUUUAUUGUUGGGAGAGCUGUGUUUUUGUUUGCAAUGAAUGAUAGAAAGUUGUGGUUAUUUAUAAAGAGAAUAUUUGUGUUU